AUGGGACUGACCAUCACCGCCACUAUCGUCACCCAGCCUGUGGUGGACACCAACUUCAGCCAGCCUGUGGAGGACGUCAAGCUCAGUGGGCUACCGGUGGACAGUUACCUCAUCCCACUUCUGGCAAAUGCCAAAACCAGCUGGCCUCCAACAGAGAACACCCUCCCUGAGCCCCGGUCUGAGUGGCAGUAUAAUGUGGUCUGCUACAGCUGUUCCUUAGUAAACACCUUCUCUUGUAUCGCUGAGAUGACCUGUGAAAAAGAAGUCAGACGAUGUAUGACCGUCGCCAUUCGUGUGAACUCUCGUGAAGUCCUCAUUUUCAAGAACUGUACAAAAAACUGCACUUUUGUCUAUAAAGAGGAAGAAAUUCCUCCAGCAAGUCCUGGCAGAAAAAUCACAAAGACUACCAAUUUCUAUUUUGUUAAUUGUUGCAAUAGUAUGCGUUGUAAUUCAGGAGGACCCUCCAAUUUUGAGAGAGACAUAGUUGGUGGGCAGACAAUUGAGGAGGACCUUCCUGAAGGAGCUGAGCCCUUUGGGGAAUCAACCUUCCUUCUGAUUUUUGCCUCCAUCCUCAUCAGCAACACUCUGACUUGA